GUAAUAUAAGAUCAUUAAGCUUGUGCGGCGGGUGCGUUCCGCUGUGCACUUGUAUCUUUUACUAUAUGGUUCUAUCGAAAAAGAUGAGAAAAAAUGGACAGCAACUGGCGCUGUCGUUGCUUCUACUGCUGCAACUAGUGGCGCUGCCUUAGCAGCUUUUGCCUGAAAAGAAUUCAGCGCUAAGAAAAAAACAGUGCCAUGAAGAUGCAUUUGCAUAUUAUAUGCAAGUCUUAAAUGGCUCUGAAAUAGGAGAGGCGUAAAGUGGGGUAAAUGAGGAGGAGAAAAAUUUAUUUCAAGAACAACAAGCAAGGCGAGGGAUAAAGAAGACAAAGAGCAAAAUAUUGUGUCGCUGCAUUAAGCGUCGCCGCUGUCUGGCGCAACGAACGGAUGCUGCAUUCGUGGGCUACUGUUACGUGGUGCUCAAACUACCCAGUACUCCAUCUUGCUGCUGCUGCUGGGCCAGCUGGAACUGCACACACAUACGUAUGGUUGCGCAGCUCUACAUUUCUCUCUGACCACAAUUUUAUUGAAAAUAAGGACAGAGGAUAUUAACAUAAGACACACGUGCAGACUAUAAAAUUACAUAACACAUUUUGCAGUCCCUACGCACAUUCAAAAACGUUGGCUACAGAUGUUUGUGUUAUUACAAGCAAAAUCUAGUGGAGUCUAAUGAAUGACUAUAUGAAAAUUAGAAUUGCGCCUAUCUUUUAAACAAUAGUCCUAGUUCGACUACAAUAGAAAAUGACUUAAAUUUUGAGCUGCAUAAAUUUUUCAACAUAGACGAAAAUAAAAAUUGUGCUCAUUUAAUUGCAGAUUCAGAAAGGGCAGAACAGGUAUGUUGAUUGCCGCAGAAUUUCCUCUAGUGUAAAUAGUCAUAGUCGAACUUCUUGAUGUAGCCUUUUUUAAUCAGCGUGUAGGGCAAACAGGCGUAUAUUAUAGGCUAGAUUCACUUGUUUACACGCAUUACUAAAUUAAAGUGAUCUAUGUACAACAUAUUGGUUCCGCGCUUCCUUCUUGAACGAUAACGAAAGAAGCGUAAGGUUCACUUAGAAAAUCAUUCGAAAACAUACUGCAUUAACCAAAAUGUGCUAUCACAUGAUCCCCAGUGAGAUUACUUCUACCGUACCUACUCUAAACCAGUCCAAUAUAUAGCAAGACGUAUUAUAGGUUCUGCAAAUUAGGACUCGAAUCUUAUUCGUUCUACGUUAGCAAGAAACGCUAGCUUGAAAAGCAGUGUCAUCAUCGGGUCAUAUGAAUAUAUAUAUAUAGUUAAAAUUGAAUCUAUUAUCUCCUGUGUUUUUUGAAUGCCCCCGAGAUAUGCGUAGUAUUGCAGCACGAUCAUCAAAACCGUUCAAGUAUUAGAUAUACUGAACUGAAUAAAGUUACGCGUUCGAAUGGAGCUGGAAUUUAAUCCCGUGUCGGUGCAAAGUUUGAUUUCUCACGAUAAUUAAAACGAGUCUCUUCUGCUAUUUUACAUUCUAAAAUCUAAUAACCACAUAACUCAUGAUCCAUUAUAUAAUUCACGUAAUGGACAUUUUCAUGCUUAUUUUACAAUAGCUCUUGAAAAUAUAUAAGAUUGCGGAAAUAUGUUUAGUAAAUCUACGCGUGCUUCUACUAAAAUGUAAUGUCAUUUCAGACGCGGCGGCCAACUUGCAGCUGUGCGAUGCAGAAAAUUAGUUCAAUGCUUUGCGAUUUACGCGCUCUAAAAGUAACCAAGGAACAAAUCUAUUGGUUUGUGCCAUGGUUAGUGCCACUUCAGAGCUAAUGAAGAAUCAUCGUACCAGGAGCCGCAACGCAAACCUUUACCGAAAGAGGGGCCGGUGUGUCCUACAUCACCUGAAUGCGUUACCUAAACCUGACGCCUGUUCCACAGUGCUACUGCGCCGCCUUCUCCUCUACAGCUCUGACGCCUUUUCGAUUCUCCACCUCACUUCCGCCCCUUGGUCAUCCUAGUCACGGUAUUUUACAAGCAUUAGCAGAUGCCUCUCGCCGAACGCGAGUUAGUGGGAAUGGGAAGGCUUUGUACAGAUGCGGCCAAUGCGAAUACACUACAUCGUGGCCUUCUUGGUUGAAGACUCAUAUGCGAGUGCACACAGGAGAGCGGCCUUUCAAAUGCACAGUGUGCGACUACACCUCCUCACAGAGUUCUAAUCUUCAACAACAUCUUAAGAGACACUCGGAUGAGAGGCCGUACAAAUGCGAUCUCUGUGAUUAUCGCUGUAAACGGGGCCACCAGCUGGUGACCCACAAACGUUGUCAUCUGAACAAACUUCGAGCGGCUGGGGUGCUUUGCGAUCUUGUCGAGGGCGGCGUCGGGGUUGAAAGCUUCCUAUCGCCUUUGCUCGCUUCACAACAACCGUCGUAUUCACCUGGACCACACCAGAUCGGUCUAAACACUAACCAGCAGCCAUCUUACCUAGCAAGAUCGCCUCCUGCCUCAAUGUUACAAUCUUCUGAUGAGCAGCAACAACAGGCCCAGGGACAGGAUUUGUUAACCUUGCAGCAACAACAUCAACAGCAACCUCCAUCGCAACCUUGAGCACGAAUUCGUAGGGAAGAAAACGGUGAGCAAAGGAGUUAUCCGAAGACGGCAAUAGUAUGUCGAGGCUAUCAGCUGUUGGUGACAAAUAAGAAAACAUUCUUAAUAACAUCAUCAAUAGAGCUUUACGAUGACUAUUAUUAUUAUUAUUAUUAUUAUUAUUAUUAUUAUUAUUAUAAUUGUUGUAUACAAGAAAGUGCUUUUCCGAGUACGAUGUUUAAGAGUGUGUGUGAAAAAUCGUUUCCAUUUUGUGGAGGAGCGGUAGCCUCACAACAGGAACUUUGACCAACAUACGGGUACAGCUAUAUAUGGAAUCUGGAGUACCGUAUGGAUCUAGGCUUAGUAGUGAAAGGCUCUAUCCACAGAGCAAGAGGACGGACAGAUUGCAGAAAGGCACAAGUUGACAUCUUCACUAGAUUUUGCGCGUUUGCUAUAUUGAUGAGCUAAACUUAAAGAAUUCGAGAGGAGGAAUUACUGGUGAUGUAAACUAUUAAGUAAUUUGAAUUGAUAUUUAUGUGUGUGUGUGUGUGUGUGUGACUGUCUUUAGCGGAAUAUAGGGAGCUAUUAGACAGUUUCGAAAUGACAAAGGUAAGAAAUAUAAAAGGCAGAUCCACGGUGAGAAAACUUUAAAAAUGGUAAAGGGCAGCCUACUAUAGGGAACACGGGCAUCCAUUGUAUCUGGAUGGACAAAACGUGGUCGUCACACAUCGCGACAUCGGCGUCUUAUGAGCUUAUAAGCUUGUAGUAUAUAUAUAUAUAUAUAUAUAUAUAUAUAUAUAUAUAUAUAUAUAUAUGAGGCAAACAAAAAUGAUAAGUGAAGAACAGACAGUCCUGCUUUAUUGAAAUGUAAUGAUGUUAUUCAUUUGCCCGCCGAACCUGAAAAAAAAUGUAUCAGAAUGUUUAUAAUUACGAUUGUAUUCUUUAAAAAACGAUGAAGCAGAUCGACAUAUACACACAUUUUAUUCAUCAUUAUUUUAGUGGCUGCUGCGAUGUUCGUUUUGCGCGCAUUGAUAUAAGUAUAUGCAUAUAAAUAACAAGUUAAGGUGUGUAUAUAUAUAUAAUACACUGGCAGUAUGUUGUGUCUGACGCAUGUGUUGACGAUUAUUAUUAUUACUAUGAUUAUCUCUGCAAAAAACUGCAGACUGUUGUGAAAGCCAGCAAAUGGAUGCGAACUUCACUAGAUGAUCAUAAAUUCUAAAAACACACAUACACACACACACACACGCUUUAUAGAUAAUGAAACAAGGCAAACAUACAUUGAGGUGUAAUCGAGGAACAGCUUGCGAGAGUGGGAGAAUGAGUGAAGGCAGGCCAACACAAUCAGAAUGUGUCAACAAAAGCUGUAGAUAUAUAAUAUCUAUAAUAAUAAUAGGGUAGGCGUACGCAAUAUAACAUAAUUUUUUCUAGGUACAUUAUGUCUAUGUUGGUACAACUCCAUCCUUAUCUUCCUUUCUUCAUUUGAUUGUGUACAAAUAUUUUAUCUGAGAGUUGUGCUUUUAUCGCGUUAUGUUUCCUGGUAGGUUCAACUUAAGUCAUUGAACGAAGCGUUUAUUUACAAACCAGAGUGUAUGUGAUGGCAAUUGCGCCUUCCGUCAAGUUAGCGACGAACGAAGUAGGCAAGCACUUCACCAAGUCAUUAGAAACAAAUUCCUAGUUUAUCGGUCGUCUCUCAUUACAUAGCUUUAUUCGGAAAUACAUAUAUAUAUAUAUAUAUAUAUAUUAGCAUGUUGGUAUUUUGUUGAAUCCAACUGUGCGAGUUAAAACCAAUAGACCGAUGGAGGAAUCGAACGACUUAAUUCAUGAUCGAAUCGAUGCUGUAAUAGAUUCACUGACAAUUUGAGUCAUCACUAAUUCAGCAGCAUCACUAUUCGUCCCCGAACACCGAUAGUUUUGGCGGUGAAGAUUUAAAAAUGAGAAGCAAAAAGCACCAGCCGCUCCAGACUACAAAAUGAACGAAGCCAAAUUUCUUCCAGUAGGAAGUGGAAAUUUACUAAAGUAGGAUGUUUCACAUUUUUUUUCGUUUUAUGGCGUCGUCUGUAUCUGUAUAAAAUUAAUUAUUCAUUUUUACUACUACGAUUCAUCGUAGAUGCGCUGUAAGCGAUAUCAUAGAGCACAAUUUAUUUAUUUCAUCUUUAGUAGUUGUGUACUAAAAAUAUUGAUUGAACACUUCACGUGAAAAAACUAGAGCAGAAUAUGACUGUGAACUGGCUGGCGGAACUAAGGGCAAACCACCAGAGGCGUGGAGCAUACCCACCGUAUACAUCUUGAAUAUGCUGUUGAUAUUUGAAUGACGAUUUUAUUGAUAAUCAUUGCGUACUUUGCCUUUGGUUGACUUCAUGCCAAGAUACCGAGUCAAGGAAAAUUAAGUCACUGAAGGCGGGCAUUAUCCAGAUAUUCCAGAGCUUUUUUUCUACGAAAACUUUGCGAAACUCAGGUAAAUGUUCGAUUUCGAUAGUGCACUUUUGUACCACUGGAGGACUGGUUGGGUUGCUCUGUUCGCCACAAGCUCUAUUAUUAAUUAGCAGAUCGCUAGCUAAGUUUACAAACGAUCUAAAUAUGUAUAUAGUAGAGCAUUGCCCCGAGUCGCAUGUUUUUGUUAUUUGGGAAGUUAAUCUGUUCUCGCUAUUAUACCUUAAUACUUUCUUUAGAAGACCCUACAACAGAAACCGACGAUUGGCGGUCAUCAUUUAGGAAAUAGACGAAUCUCUGAAGAUUUCCCACCUGAGUCACUCAUUUGGGAGUGGCUUUUGCAGUUUCCAAGCUAACUCUCUUACCCCAUUUAGCGCCCAAUCAAGACUGCACAACCGUUUUUGUAACUUAUCAAGUAAUACUAAAUUAUAGAAAUCUUCCGUUCAAGGCAUGAUAAACCAGGAUUCUUCUAGCUUUUGGAACGUCUCGUUUCUCAAAAAUGCUUUCCGCAGAUAGAUUUCUUUGUUUCGUUUUUCUUACACGGCGUAUAGUACUUAUUGUACGAACGCAUUACUUUACAUUUUUGGUGUACGGUCAACAUGUCUAUUUUCCCGGUGUAUUGUGUGAAUGGUAUAUCCAUGCACCUGGCUCAUUUUAGUUCAUUUUUAUUAGUUUUGUGCUAUCCAUGGAUAAGCACUGGUCGUAAUCAUGUCAUCCGAACUGUUUCAUAUUAUCUGUGUGCGAUUAUGCAGAUUCUUGCAGAUAUUGUCCAUGAUUUAUGUAUUGACUAAUGCGGCAAACUCGGGAAUCGCUCCUCCCUCUCUCAGUUAUUCUUUAUGUUUGUUAUCAGUAAAUUAAUGUUUACGUAACUGUUGGUACAAUUUUCUGUACUUUUUUAUACAUCGAUCCUUUAAUAAAUUUAUUGCCCUUCAACUCGCUGUUAAAUGUUGUUAUAGAAUUGCAGCUAAUUGUUGUCGCUACCGAUAAAUUUUACACUUACGGCAUCAGAUGCGUGUAUUUGAUACUUUACAAACAACUUCUGUUUGUCGUGAGCGGGAAUGGUGUCGUUUAUUUCGCCAGUUUAUCGAACGAGGAGACUAAUAAUUACCAAAUACGACUCAACUUCCUUUUCUGACAAUAGCUUUGUUGGUGCUGUAAGAACUGCGUAUGUGGCGAAGGCAUUUGACUGCUAGGCUUGCUCCUACAGGUUUUAGAAGGUGUUUGAUAAGAAGAAGCUUACUAGUAGCACAAAUAGCACUUAAGAUUUAAGAUUAAGUAAGAUUUGGCUGAAAGAGUCACAUUUUGUGUCAAGUAGUCUGGUUGUUAUUCGUUCAAUCAAAACAGUUGCGCAGGUAUUUGAAUCACGUUUUUUACUUACGGAAACACGGUUUCGGCUAAAUAUAUAAAAAUGGUCCGCAUUUAUGCGGUAAGGAACACAUCAAUUACACGAUAAACAGCGUUGUCGUUAUAUCAACGGUGUGAAGGUAUGGCACCAGCCGUGACGUCAGGCUUCGCUAUGUGCCAAUCUGCCAUACACACACACCGCUGUUAUAAAUGAACGAAAACAAGGUUUGCUUAAGCAAAAUGUUUGGGAUAUAUAUAAAGCUAGUAUUGUGCUUAAUUUGGUGCAGUCCUCCAGACAUCCACGUAACAAUUAUUUCACGUUUAACAAUCGAUUGGUAAUUGCUGGCAUAAGAUACGCCAGCUGUUAAUCUCUCUGCUCCGUUGUUAGACCUAGAUAAUUUAUUCUUAAUAAAUCAUCUAGUGUUUAUUUUGUUCUAACUAUCGGGAGUUCCAGUGGGAGAUAUUUAUUUCCUAUAAAUACAACACAAGCAUAGUUCCUAACUAACUGUAUAUUAAACAGAUGAACCUGAAAAAUGGUAUGUAGAAAACAAAAUGGUAGCGACAACGGGCUUUCAAAUAGAUUACAGCGGUGCAAAGUGUAAACUGAAUUAUACUGACCAAAGUUUACUGACCACAUGGACAAACUAACAAACAAAUCGCAAAAUGUUUAAUCUAAGUUGAAGAUCUGAAGAUAAUGAUUAUAUUAGCUAAUACGCGAUUAUAUAUGUCACAUGAAGCUAGCAAUUUAAUCAUGUAAAGUGUAUACAUGUGCAAUGUACGAUUAACGUGGUGUGCGUAAGUGUGUGACUGUGCAAGAAAGUGCAUACGGUGAAAAUAUUAUUACUAAGGUACGGAUUUAAAUAAAGAAAUAUGUAUCACUAUAUGUCAUUAUAUUUAUCAAGGCGUAUUACUGCGACUAAACAGUUUACCCUCUUCCCAUACAACAGAACUAGUCCGAUAAUACAAUUGUAUAUUUUCUCAUUGUUCAAAAAACAAUAAAAUCAUC